AUGGCCAGUCUGGUUCUUAACGAGACUGGGAUGGAGAAUUGUGACAUCGAUGACUCCUUCAAGUACAACCUGUACGGUGUGGUGUAUAGUGUUGCAUUUGUGCUAGGACUGGUCACUAACUGCGCCUCCCUUUUUGUGUUCUGCUGUCGCAUGAAGAUGCGCAACGAGGCCACGCUCUUCAUGACUAACCUCGCUUUAUCGGACUUAGUAUUUGUGUUUACGCUUCCUUUCAAGAUCUUUUAUAAUGUCAAUCGCCACUGGCCUUUUGGUGAUACACUGUGCAAGAUCUCAGGUGGGGCCUUCAUCACCAAUAUCUACGGUAGCAUGCUGUUUCUCACAUGUAUCAGCGUGGAUCGCUUUCUGGCCAUCGUUUACCCCUUCCGGUCACGUUCCAUCCGUACCCGCCGCAAUACCGUUAUCGUGUGUGCUACCAUCUGGUUGCUGAUACUGGGAGGGGGUAUGUCCGUGACCUUCUUCUCUUCCACCAACCAGUCCAAAACCAGCACAACCUGCUUUGAGGGCUUCUCCAAGAAAACAUGGAAGACAUAUUUGUCCAAGAUCACCAUCUUUAUUGAAGUUGUGGGGUUCCUCAUCCCACUGAUGAUCAAUCUAGCUUGCUCAUCCAUGGUACUGAGGACCUUACGUAGGCCCGCUACGCUAUGUCAGAUUGGCACCAACAAGGAGCGAGUUCUGCGCAUGAUUGUGGUGCAUUUGGCCAUCUUUAUCAUUUGUUUUGUGCCUUACAAUUCCGUUCUGUUCAUCUACGCCAUGGUGCGUACUCGAGCACUUGCAAGCUGCUGGGUGGAGAGGUUGGCGCGAACGAUGUAUCCCAUAACGCUUUGCGUGGCGACCUUCAACUGCUGCUUUGACCCAGUGGUCUACUACUUCACCUCUGAGUCAUUUCAAAAAUCACUGACCACCGGGAAGUGUCAGAGCAAGCAAGAAAACACACUGCGCAGUGAAGCUCCAGUGUUUAGCAAGGAAAACACUGACACAGAAGUAGCCUUUGAACCUAACACACUGAUCAGCAAUGGAAAAGAUCAGGCUGGUGAGACUCAGUUCUGACCAGGUUAAGUGGAACAACAUUUGGAAAGAAUAUAGAGUAUGUGCACAGGAGUGAUGGGGAGAUCUGUGAGGUUCUCAUUUCAGGAUGUAGUGCCAAUUCAGGGCAAUCUUAUAAUGAAGAUGGCACCAUAGUGACUUUUUGCCUGCAUCAUGAAAACAUUCUUCAUGCUCUGUUCUCACCCCAUAGGCUCACCAAUUUUCAGAUUUAUCAUGUGUGUUACUGCAAUAUGUUUUAUUAAACUUAUAAAUAUUAUUUUACUUAUAUGAUAAUGUCAUAUCAAUAUUUUAGAUCUGUUCUCUUUUUUAAUUUAUUUUCUUAUAUUGUUCAAUACUUUGGGUAAAGAAUUUAAACCUCCGGAAUGAGUUAAAUACGGCAUCAAAGUGACAUUUAAAAUAUGGACAAAGGGUGAAGUUUUGGAGAUGUAGGCAAUGGACCAAGUUACAUUUGGAAUACAAGAAUAUCUUUUGGUGGCACAGGCAAAAAGUCAUUAUAGGGAUGUAUCAUAAUGAGAGUGUGUUUGGUCAAUUAAUACUGGUUAAAAGACUUAAAUUUAGACUUUUGCACUGACAAGUAGAAGUAUGGACUGUUAAGCUUAAGGACAGGCUAAACACAGUUUUGUAUGUCUUUUAAGGGAAUAGUUACCCCCAAAAUGAAAAUUCUCUCAUCAUUCCAUCCCAUAUGUCUAUGAUCUUUUAUCUGCUUUUAUUUUAGAUUUUUAGAAGAAUAUCUCAGCUCUGUAGGUCCAUACAA